AUCAUCAACAAAAACAACCUAAAGCGCCGAACAACCCGCUUCCUGUCUCACACACACUUCCAACACCAGAAGACAUCCACGUCUCCGUCCCACUCGACCGAAAAACAAAAAAAGAUGCCGCGGCCGCGUGUUCCGUGGUACAUGACGGUGGUUGCAGUCGGCUUUGGAUUGCUGGUGCUGAGCACCUUCACCUGGCUCGCUGCGGCCUUCCUCGUCGUCCUGCCGCUGUGGUACCUCGUCUCGCACAACCUGUACGAGCGGAUCGUCGGCAUUCUGAGCGAGAUUGCCUGCGCGUGGACCUUCCCGACCUUCCAAAAGUACUCGCUGGUCGACUGCUUCUCUUCGGGCGAGCAAAUCGCCUUCCCCAGCCAGAACGAGAAGGCCAUCGUCAUGUUCAACCACCAGAGCUGGUGCGAUGUGCCGAUUCUCAACGCAUAUCUCUUCUUCCAAGACGUCAUGUCCCGAGCUCUCUGGGUCGGUUGGAACGGCCUGUCGAAAUUCCCAUUCGCAUGGGCUGGCAUGCUCCGAGGUGAUGUUUGGAUUCCGUGUCGGUGGCCAUCCGACAAGCCUUACCUGGAUCGUAGCAUCGAACAACUCUUGUCCAGUGACAUGUUCCACUUGUACUGCUUCUUCCCUGAAGGCGCGCUCAAGCACCGCAAUUCAAUGGCCAAGUGCCACGCGUACUGCGAAGAGAAUGGAUUUCCCAAGCUGCAGUAUCUGCUCUGGCCACGCAAUCGCGCGUUUGUGUAUGUGGUUGAAAAGAUGCGGAAAAACCCAGCGGCCAAGUACGUGUACGACUACACUGUCGCAUACGAGGGCUUUGGAGAGGGUCGCGCGCCUGGAAUUCUCGACCUCUUCACCAGGCACUCGUUCACCACGAAAGUGCACAUUCAUGGCCGCAAAUUCCUGCUCGCCGACCUCCCCACCGGCGAAGACGCCCUGGCCGCGUGGAUUAACAACCUGUACAUUGAGAAGGACCAAUUGCUCAAAUUUUUCUGGCAAAACGGCACCUUCCCAUCGAACGUGCAUGAUGCCAUCACCGUGUCUCUCCCUGCCUCUGCGUCAGAGCUGGGCUCUCGGCUUGAUGUGGACGCGCCCCGCGCAAGCAUGAAGGUCGCGGCCGCAAAGGAGUCGUCCAUCGAAAGCAGCAGCAGCAGCAGCAGCAGCAGCAGCAUCAGCGGCUCGAGUGCUUCGUCUGAGACGCAAGCCCAAGUCCGCCAUCGGCUUGUUGCAGCCAAAGCCGCAGAGCUGUCCAAAGAAGCCGCAACGUCCUGGAAGAAGGCCCCGCUGCACAAAGUCGACUACCGCCAUAGCCGCAGCAUUCUCUACGCAGGGUUGUUUUUCUGUCUGAAUGGCGGGCUCCUUUACGCUGCAUCCUGUCUCUAUUCGUUGCUUUCAGCGUGACGUGUGUGUGUUGGGAGAUUGUUUUCGUUUUUUGUACUUGUUCAACGGCCAAAUGAGUUCAAUGUUUCGUUUCGUAAGGUGUUUCGAUCGACAGAAUUC